UCGAUCUACUCAAGCUGCCAAAUCAUGGACAGCAUCGCCGCUGCCGCCGGCAACUGUCGCUGCAGCCGCGUCGUCUACGUCGGCAACAUCCCCUUCAAAGCCGAGGAGAAGGAGGUCCGCGACGCCUGCGAGCUCAUCGGCCCCGUCCUCUCCUUCAACCUCGCCGCCGACGCCGACACGGGGAAGCGCAAGGGCUACGCCUUCGUCGAGUACGCCGACGACGCCACGGCACAGAGCGCGUGCCGCAACCUGCACGGCCACCGGCUGCUCAACCGCGAGCUGCGGGUCGGCCUGGCCGAAAGGGCCGGCGCGGCGCGCCGGAGGCGCCGGGGCGACCACGAGCCCGUCGGGAUGGAGGACGCCAUCCACGCCGCAUCCCUCGUCAACGACCGCGGGCGCCUCGUCGUCGUGUCCUCCGUCACGCGGCACCUGGCGGGCGCGUCCAGGCACGAGCUGCGGGAAGCUUUGGAGACGUUCGAGACCUGCGGCCCCGAGAACUGCAAGGUACUCACGGAGUACGUCCCAGGGCUGGACAUCGCCAUGGAGAUGGUGCAGCGCCUGCUCGACAUGGCCGCCGCGGACGAGGCUGCCGGCGAGGCAAAGAGGAAGAAGCGGGCGAGCGCCUGUCCGCCGCCUGACGAUCACGGCGCCAAACUAAUGAAGCUCGAAGACGACGGGAAGGCUACGCCUGUGUCCGCUGGAGUUGCCUGCGUCUGAGAAGGAGAGAU